CAACGAAAAAUCCAAUCUUCCUUUUUCUAUAUAUACCUUAUACAUCAGGUUCAUCUAACAUAUAAUUCAAACACGGGGACAACACAGCCAAGCCUAGCCUACCCUCUGUAUCUCCUCCCGAUCUCCUUGUUAUCGUCGCAUCGUACGUACUGAUCACCCUGUUCUUGUAAAAUCAAAAUCCGCUUUCAAAGGUGUUAUGGGUAGCAAAAGUCGCCAGCUUCACAUAUUCUUCUUUCCCUUGAUGGCCCCUGGCCAUAUGUUACCAGUCAUCGACACGGCUAGGCUAAUCACAACCCAAGGCGUCAAAGCGACCAUAAUCACCACCCCGCUCAACGAGCCUUUUGUCUCAAAAACGAUUGAAAGAACCAAAACUUGCAGCGGCUUCAAUAUUGAUAUCAAAACCAUCAAGUUCCCGACAGUAGAGGUUGGCCUGCCAGAAGGGUGCGAGAACAUCGACUCCCUUACUUCCGUCGAAAACAGUGCUAGUUUCUUGACAGCCACGGGGAUGCUCCGACAACCCCUCGAGCAGCUACUACAAGAUUACCGACCUCAUUGCAUUGUUGCCGACAUGUUCUUUCCAUGGGCAACUGAUGUUGCUGCUAAAUUUGGCAUCCCAAGGCUUGUUUUUCAUGUAACCAGUUUUUUUUCUCUGUCUACUCAGGUGAGUCUACAAGUGUAUGAACCUCACAAAAAAGUUUUAUCUGAUUCUGAACCUUUCGUCAUUCCUAAUUUUCCUGACGAGAUAAAGUUGACAAGGAUGAAAAUGGCCAAUCAGUUCAAUGAUAAGGAAGGCGCCGUACUUGAAACAGAAUUUACAAAGGUUUUGAAAGAAGCCAAUGAAGCAGAUGUGAGGAGCUAUGGGGUUGUUGUAAACAGCUUCUAUGAGCUCGAACCGGCUUAUGCAAAUCAUUACAUAAAGGUCUUGGGAAGGAAGGCAUGGCAUAUAGGUCCAGUUUCCCUAUGCAACAAGGAUGUUGAAGACAAAGGUCAGAGGGGAAACGAAUCCUCCAUCGAUAAACACGAAUGUUUGAAGUGGCUUAAUGCAAAGAACAGUGAUUCAGUUGUUUAUAUAUGCUUCGGAAGUUUGGCCAACUUAACCAAUUCUCAGCUAAUGGAGAUUGCAAUGGGUCUUGAGGCUUCUGAACAACAAUUCAUUUGGGUAGUGAAGAAAGGCAAAGACGAGAAAGAAGAGGAAGAUUGGUUGCCGAAAGGAUUCGAGAAGAGAAUGGAAGGUAAGGGACUAAUAAUAAGAGGUUGGGCACCCCAGGUUUUGAUUCUGGAUCAUGGAGCGGUAGGAGGAUUUGUGACUCAUUGUGGAUGGAACUCAACGUUAGAAGGAGUGACUGCUGGGGUGCCUAUGGUCACAUGGCCUAUGUUUGCUGAGCAGUUUUACAAUGAGAAGCUAGUGACUGAAGUGUUGAAAAUUGGAGUCCCUGUGGGUGCUGAUCAGCAAUUCGUUAAUUUGAUGGCGAAUGAUGCUUAUAUUAUAAAAAAGGAAGCAAUAGAGAAUGCAGUGAGGCGAAUUAUGAUGGUAAGUGAAGAAGCAAAGGAAAUGAGAAGCAGAGCCAAGGCACUUGGGGAGAUGGCAAGGAGAGCCAUGGAAAAAGGCGGAUCAUCCGAUUCCGAUUUGAAAGCUUUAAUUGAAGAACUGAAGAUCCUCAGCGGUUGAUAUAUGCUAGAAACGUUGGGGGAGGUUUCAUAAUAUAAAUGUUCUGAUAUUGAUGGUCUGUUACAAUGAAGUAAUUUGGAUUUGUGCGCAAUUAUAUUAAUAGCCCUUUAUAAAGGUAAGCUUUGGAGAUCA